UCAAAAACUGAGACGCUGAUUGGACAAUCCAACAUUCGACCCAAAGCUAACCAGCUUAGCACUUAGCAUAGUUUACACUCGUUUUCAAAACGCGCAUGUUUCUUUGACCAUGAUCACUCCAAUAGAAGCUUUCAAAGCUUCUUGCCCUAAUCUCUUUGCUCUCUACUUUCACAAGCUUCUGAUUGAUUAAUAAUGCUUUUCUUUUUUGCUGCAAAUUCAGUUCAACUUCUUUGAAUUCAGUUAUAUAGUUCCUUAAUUCAGAUUUUGGAUGAUAGUGAUGAACUUGGAAACUGAAAUGCCGGGUCGACGGCAUUUUUCUCUAGUAGAUACUUUAGAGCUGAAAUCUCAGAUUGAAAGGAAGAUUGGGCCUAUAAAAGCUCAGAAGUACUUUAAUCUGCUCACUAGAUUUUUGAGUCUUAAGAUUGGGAAACCCGAGUUUGAUAGGCUCUGCAUUGGUAUAAUUGGGAGAGAAAAUGUUCGUCUUCAUAAUCAUCUCCUCAGAUCGAUUAUUAGAAAUGCUUCUCUUUCGAAGAAUCAUCCAUCAACAGGGAACAAAUUGGAAGGUGCUUUAAGUGUUAAAGCGGCGAAUGGGUAUCAAAGAAGUAAUCUUAAGUCAAUGUGCAAAGACUUUCCUCAAUCCCCUCGUAAGGGAAGGACUAUAAAUCUCCGUGAUCAGAACCAUCCAAGUCCUUUAGGGCCUCAUGGGAAGAGCCGUGGUACUGUUUGUGAAGAUGCAGUUCCGAGAGUUCAAGAACAGCAAAGUGCUACCGAGUUGCUUUCUUUGGGUAGCAGACCACCUAUGUCCUUCGAAGAAGGAGAGGAAGUUGAUCAAGUUGCAGGAAGCCCAAGCAUUCACAGUAGGAGUCCUGUUAGAGCUCCGCUUGGCAUAUCUUUGAAUGCUAAAAGAAUGCGAAAAGUGCCAUGGAACAGAUUAGCAUCCGCUUCUGAGACAUGUCAUUGCAAAGGUGAACUACCUGACACAGGUUCUUUGAGAAAAAGGUUGGAAAAGAAGUUAGAGAUGGAGGGAUUAAACAUAUCAGUAGAUUGUGCCAAUUUGUUGAACAGUAGCCUUGAUGUUUUCAUGAAGAGAUUGAUAAAACCCUGUUUGGAAUUGGCUGGUUCAAGGUCCGGACAGAAACUUAUUGACCAAGGUCACAAUUGGUCCACAGUCUCUUUGAACGGGAUGCGGCCUUUGGGAUAUGCUCAAAAACAGAAUGGGUCCAUUUCUGCAUCAAUGUUAGACUUUCGAGUUGCAAUGGAAAUAAACUCCCCUCUCCUUGGGGUGGACUGGCCAACAAAACUUGAGAAGGUGUGCCUGCAUGCUUCAGAAGAGUGAGCCGGAACUCACUAUCCAUUGGUUCUGAGUUGAACCAGGUUCCGGUGCUAGAGCAAUUUUUGAGUUAUUUCACUUACGAAGUAUGCUCUAACAUUGAUCUUGAUUAUUCCAUUUUUUAGAACGGAUGAAGUAAAUAAGUAUAAAGAAGGCGAAAGGGGGUUUUGGAUCAAGCCAAUUAGGUUGUAUACAGGUCAUGGCUCUGAUUUAUCCUCGAGGUUUGACAGCCUAACAUGGAGAAAUCCAAUUAUAUUGACACUUUGUAGAAAUCUAUAGGUUAGCAAUUAUCUCCACCUGUUACCUAUAGUUGCUGUAGUUAAGUGAAGACAUAUUUUCGUAAUAAUAAAGCAUAUAUUUUAGCUUUCA